UUUUCACGUCAGUUUUUUUUUUUUUUUUUCACGAGAAAAUCACCCCACGGAGAAAUAGCUAGGAAAGAAUCUACAAAAAAAAUUUCGGAAAACAUUAAAGGGCGGCCUUGUGUCCGAACCAUGGAGUGGCCCAGGAACCGUCCCAUUAAACAAAAAGAGCAAGGUCCACAUCAACAGACCAUCUCGGCCCAGACCCUUCCCGCGUUUUUCCAUUUUCCCUUCUUCAUUCCUUUCCCAAAAAUCUACCCCAAAUUGAAGCAGGCCACUCUCUAACUCUCCAAAACCUAACUCUCCUCAACCUUCUCUUUAAUAAACCAAAUUUUAAAGAAAAAGAGAGAGAGAGAGAGGGAGAGAGAGAGAGAAAGACGAUGAUGAAGACGAAGGCGUUCAAGGGAUCGAACGUGUUCAUGUCACGAAACCUCGUCCCUCCCGAAGUCUUCGACAAGCUUCACGGCGUUCUCAAGGAUAAUGGAGCCCAAGUCUUCCUCUGUUGUGACCCUUCUCGAAACGGCCCCGAUGACUUCCAUGUUAUAUCUUCCAUCGAUCACGAUAAAUUUGAGGAUCUUAGAGCUAAAGGCUGUAAUUUGCUAGGUCCUCAAUGUGUGCUUUCAUGUGCAAAAGAAAAUAGAGCUUUACCUAAACAAGGGUUUACUUGCUGCCUUGCAAUGGACAGCCUCAAAGUAUUGGCAUCUGGUUUCGACAUAGAUGAAAAGGUUAAGAUUGAAAAAUUAGUUACAGCUAUGGGGGGAGUGUUGCAUACUAAAGCAUCUUUAGAAGUGAGCUUUGUUGUUGUAAAGAAUGUUCUGGCUGCAAAGUAUAAGUGGGCUUUAAAUGUUUUAAAGAAACCAAUUGUUACUAUUCAUUGGUUAUAUCAGUGCUGGAGUGAGCACCGUAUUGUCCCUCAGGAGUCAUACAGGGUUCUUCCUUUUUCUGGAUUGACAAUAUGUGUUACCAGAAUUCCUGCAGAUGAGCGAAAGGAGAUCGAAAAGCUUAUCAUACAAAAUGGUGGAAAAUAUUCAGCUGAACUCACCAAGAAGUGCACGCAUUUGAUUUGCGAUGCUCCUGAAGGUGACAAGUAUAAAGUUGCCCGAAGAUGGGGCCUCGUUCAUAUUGUAGUUCGGAAAUGGUUUGAUCAAUCCAUUGCUAGAAGAGCAUGUCUUAAUGAGGAGUCCUAUCCUGUCCAGGGUGGUUGUGCAUCUUUAAAGAAAAAUGUGAGUGUUUCCUUGUCAGCACAGCAUAGUCAAGACAAGUUUAGGGGAAGUUCAGUGUCUGCAACCUCCUCAGUGGUUCCUGAAUUUAAUUUGUCCACCACGCCUUCUACUGGAUUAGGAGACCCAGAUCUUGAAGCUACUCUCUCACAGAACAUGUCUUCUGCGGUAUCAGAUGCUCAGGUCAUUUUUAAAGAGGAUGGUGGUGAAGCACCAAUUUUGCAGCCCUCUAAUGACACAAAACUUGAUGGUUGUGUUGCCAAUGAUUCUCAAUCAGAAGACAAUGAUCUAUACUUGUCAGACUGUAGAAUUUCUCUUGUUGGCUUUGAAGCUUCUGAAAUGCGUAAACUGGUUACCAUGGUGCGUAGAGGUGGUGCAUCCCGGUAUAUGUCAUGUAAUGAUAAAUUGACACACAUAAUUGUUGGGACUCCAUCUGAAGUGGAAAAGAAAGAGAUAAGAGGCCUUGCAGCUUCAGGUGUUAUCCAUGUGGUAAAGCCCAACUGGCUUGAAGACUGUGAUCGUCAAAAGAAAGAAAUCCCUGUUCACCAGAGUCAUGUUGCAUAUGAGUUACUUCUUCCUAAAGAUUCUGUACUCCCUGUUAGAGGAGCAGUGACAGGAAUGAUUAGUUUGAAUCAAAGCAAAUCCUUAGUUCUUACAAACUCCAGAACUGAAAUGCCACCAUCAUUGGGGAAAAGUCUAGAUGAUAAGCCCAAAAUCAACAUGAAGGGGUCCAACUCUUUGGAAGCUACUGUGGGAUCAUCCAAGCGGGGCCUACUUCCUAUUGUAAAUAGUACAAAUAAUGGUGCGCAGAAGCAGCAAUGUGACUCCAUAGUCCAAAAUCUCAAGAAUGGGAUGCCAUCAACUGUAUUUAAGGGGAAAACAUUUUGUUUUUCAAUUUCCUUUCCUGAAGAUAGGAGAGCUGAAAUUGUUGAAUGGGUGGAUCAAGGUGGAGGACAGUUUGUUGCGGAUCAAGUAAAAGGGAAUGUGAAUUUCAUUAUUGAGUGUCAUGGUGUGAUACGCAGAUCUAUGAUUGAUUCCCAAAUUACUUAUGUGUCUACUCACUGGGUCCGAUCUUGUUUAGAGGCUGGGUGCUUGCUUGAUGUUGGUAGUCAUAUUCUCUACUCACCCCUUCCCUGUCAAAUUCCUUUUCCUGGGUUUAAAGGCUUUCGCUUUUGUGUUUCACAAUAUGAAGAGAAGGAUAGACUGCUAUUAAGAAAUCUGUGCUUUAUUCUUGGAGCUAAGUUUGUGGAAAAACUUACAAAAAAGGUGACCCAUUUAUUGUGCAAGUUUACUAGUGGACCAAAAUAUGAGGCUGCUUUUAAAUGGGGAAUACAUUCAGUUACAUCAGAAUGGAUAUAUGAAUGUGUGAGGCAGAAUAAAGUUGUUUCUCUGGAUCCAUUUUGCCCAAAAGAAGUUACGGCCCAAGACCAAGAGGCAGGAUUAUGCACUGUGAGCCAAUUUCCGACUCAAGCUGUUCAAAUGAUGUCUGUAGACAUUCCAUCUCAGUUUAUGAGUCAAUCACAGGAACUGAGAACACAAGCUCUUGGUGUUAAAAAUGGAACCAUUAUUGGUGAUAGAAAUGAUGGCUAUAGAGAUGGGGCCAAACAAUCAAUUGUUCAUCUUAAAAAGGCAAGGCACUUGGAAGAUGAUGGCCAAAAUGGUCCGCUUGCUUCUGGAGUGCAUUUAUGCGAGCCUGUUUUGAAUGAGAAUUCUACUGAAAACAACAAAUCAAAAAUUGCGGGGGAGGCUGCCCAAGUUUUGCCCGAUGUAGCUGCUGCUAUAGAAGACUUACUGGAGCAAACUAGUAAGAUUCAUGAUCAGAAGUCACCAGAGAGGGAUGCUUGUGAUAAAAGUGUAUCCUUAUAUUUGUUGAUUUUUCCAAUAUUAAAAAUGUCUACUUUUCAUUUCUUAUGUACGUUUGUGCAUUGGUAUCAAUCCUUGACGAUAGAACAGAUUUUUUCAUCUGAUUGUACGGGCCUCCAUCAAGACCAUACAGAUUCUCAUUCUGUUAUUGGGUUAUCUAGACACUGGUUAAGCAGGACUGUGAGAAAAGAUGAAAUUAGCAGUUAUUCUGGAGAUGUGAAUGUGGGCGGCCUAUAUGAUGGUUUCAGUGAAACACAAACAGAGUCUCAGGUUGUGGGUUAUGAAGAAGAUUUAUCGGGCAGACAAAUGCUUAUAGACCGAGUUCGAACCCGAAGUAGCAUGGCCUGAAGUACUGGAAGUCCACCCUUGCUAAGCAAGUAAACUUGACACUGGCAACCAAAUGAAGUUUGAUGGUUAACUCAGGUUCGCUCUCAGGCUUAAUGCAUCAAUCAAGUUUUUAGCCUUGCUUAUGUACAUGCUCUAAAAGGGAGAUAAUGCAAAGGUAGUUGUAAAACUUGUACAUGCUUGUAUUUUGAGCCUGUAAAUCAUUUAUUGAUCUAGGGAA